UGUCUCCAGUUAAUCAUCUGUGUUGCUCCGAAAAAAAAAAUUACAAACUAAUUCGUACUGAUUAUGUAAAAGAAUGUAUAACAACAUUUUUAAUAUUUUAUUAACCUGUUCAUUAAUGCAUCUGUACACGUAUAGGCACUUACAUUGCCAUAUGAUUAUUGGAUUUUUUAAUAUAUAGUAAUUUUAAAAAUUAUUACUUUGUCAUGAUAUUGAAAAGAGGUUAUUCUAUCAUUAUCUGUCACUCUGUUAUAAAUUAAAUGACUAAAUAUGGAUAAUAAGCAAGUGGAUAUUGAUAAUGAUUCAAUUCUUUAUGAACUUAUUGAGUAUUUUGUCAAAAAACAAGAACCUGAACUAGUGAGAUAUAACAAUGGCAGUGCUAUUUUAUCUACAACGGGGACAAUAAAGAAUGCCAUUAAAUAUCUCAAUAAUAGUUACUCUCUUCCUGAGAGUAUAUCUCAACAAGUAAGUCUUACACUUCCAUGGAAAUUCGCAAUUGGUGAUAAUGGAAGGCUUUUAGCAAUUUUGUAUGAAAAUAUUAUUGAAAUAAGAAGAUCAAAAGAUGAAUUUUCUACAGUUAUUGGCAAAGCAUCUGUACCGAAAGAUGCUUUUCCCCAAUGGCGAAAAGUCACUUGGAGUCCAGAUGGAUCAAUUCUUGUAUUAGCUUCAAGCAGUGGUCAUUUAUCUUUCUACAAUUCAUUAGGUAAUAAUGUAUUCAAUAUAAAUCCUAAAACUGAAGCACAAAAUCCAGAUAUAUUAGAAGCAGGUGAUGCGAUAGCAUCUUUGAUAUUUAAAAAUCUUCAAGUAAAAUCAGACAUUUGGAAAUAUGAAAUCCUAGUAACAACCUACAGUGGAUUACUAAAAUCAUAUUUAAUAUCAGGAACUUAUGGAUAUGAAGCAAAACAUGAAUUUUCGUUUGGAAAUUUUUAUAGAAAAGGUGUCAAUGCAUUCGCUUAUGAUCAUAAACACAACUUAUAUAUCGUUGCUGGUAAUAAUAUUACUCAAACCUACUCAUCGGUAGCUUCAAGUACUGGUUUAACAUCUUGGAGACCUCUGAAUGACUAUCCUUACUAUAAAUUAUCAUUUACAUUUGAAGAGAAUACUACACCUCAUACAUUAUCUUUAUGGAAUUUGAUACCAAAAUUUCGUAUGCCAGAAGAAGCUGUAAUUUUUCGUAUUAGUGUAUCACCAAGUUGUAACCAUUUAGUUUGUUUACACACUGAUGGAGCGAUAUCUUUAUGGAACUUGCCAAAUUUACAAUUGAAGAAAAAAUGGAAAUUAAAUGAACAGCCCAACUACGAUGCUCAUAAUCCAUUACAUUGUUCUAAAUAUCGAAAGUUGCCUGUUGGCUUUUCCGAAUAUCAUCCAAUAGAUAUUGGAUGGUGGUCGGAUCAUGCAAUAAUUAUCGCCAGAUACUCUGGUGCAAUUUCCGUAUGUUCUAUGGUUGAUUUGAAAAAUCUUCUAGGCACGAGUCCUGAAUUUCUAUAUGGCCAACCACAAAUUUCUGAGUUUUAUUCAGACAAAGGAUUUUUGUGUCUUGAUUGUGAAAUGACUAUUGUCACAAAAAAGAGAAAUAGAGAACCGAGUGUUGAUGAACAGUCUUCAGAAGUUUCUGACAGUGAACAAGAGGAGGAUGAAUUGGAACCUUCAACACUGAUGAAUUAUACUACAAAUUUAAUACGGAAUGCUUUAUAUUCCAUUACUGACAUAGAAACUUUUCAACCGAAACGAAAAAAAACGAAAAUAUUGCAAAGAACUUAUAGGAUUUUAGGACUUAAAAGUACAACUCCAGAAGAACUUUAUUCAAGAAAAAUUGAUAUUGAAAAUUAUGAAGAAGCUUUGAGUCUUGCAAAUUCUUAUAAUUUAGAUACUGACUUGGUUUAUCAAACUCAAUGGAGAAAAUCACAAUUUUCUCUUCAAGCAAUUCAAGAACAUUUGAGCAAAGUUCGUAAUCGAUCAUGGGUUUUGAAUGAAUGUAUUAUGAGAGUGCCAAAAACAUUGGAAGCAGCUCGUGAAUUAUUGAAUUUUGGUUUGAAAAAAACAAGUUUAGAAACAUUUUUAGAAAUGAAUGAAAAUGAUAAUGAACAAAUUGUGAUAAAUGAAAACAGUGAUGAUUUAAGUUAUUUAACUGACGUUAGUGUUAAUUUGAAAUACAUGCAAAAGGUGAAUGAGGCAAUUAAAAAUGUUGAUUUUAAUUCUUUAUCAAAAUCACAAAAAAAAUUACUUUCGAAUAGAAAACAUUUAUUAGAUCAUUUGGAUAAAUUGAAAACGUAUGAAAUAAUUAUUCAUGAUCCAGAAAAAUAUGACAAAGAAUCUUAUGAAAAGUUUCGUCAACUAACUAUUUUAGAAAAUGCUAUACAAUUUGCUCGAGAUUGUAAUCAUCGAGCAGUAAAUAUUCUGUUUACAUAUCAUAGACCAAAAUUGAUGCCUCACUGGUUAAUAAUAAUCAGUUGCUUUCCUGAAACAUUGAAUCCAUGUGAAUAUAAAAAACUAUUACCAGAAUGUGAUGAUCAAGGACAAUUGUUUUUACUUUAUGAAAAAGAAUUAAGGCCAAAGGAUUGGGUAGAGAAGCAUGAAUUUGAAAGUUUUAUUAGUACAAACAAUGAUAAUGAUUCUCAUUUUAUUUACGAAUCAGAUCCUUCACUUUCUGUAUAUAAAACCACAAUAAUUACGAUGGAUUUAUUAACAAAAUGGUAUAAGUCUAGGGCAUAUGAAAUUGAAAGAAAUAGUUGGAUUGUUGAAAAUGCUUUGGAAUUAAUUAAAAUUGCUAGAAUGCACAAAAUUAUGGGCUUGGAUAAUUUAUUAUUAGUCUUAGAAACCUUGGAUGAUAUAGUUUAUAACGUUGGCAUUGAAAAUAUGUCGUUAGCACAAUUUGAAAAGUUAUCAGAAUUAGAAAAAAUCAAAUUACUUAUGAGCACAUCAACUGAAAAGAAUUUUGUGACCAAUAUAAAACGUUUUGUUCUGGCUUUUAUUUACAGAAAGCAAAAAUAUUUGAAUGGUGAUUUGGAUAAAAAGCUACUUAAAAGUUACUUACUAAAUCUUAGUGAAAAUGAUCUAAAAUUACCAUUAACGUUUUUUAAAAAUCUUAAACAAGAUAUCGAACUUCUAAACAUGAUAGAAGAUAUCAUUUUAUUGGCAAUUGAUUGUAUUUACUCUUGUACUAAUCCAAAUAUGUAUGAAAAGGCUAAAGCAAUUUUCGAUACUCUGCCAAAACCUCAGCCAAUGAAAAACGCUUCUGGCGAAAUUUAUGAUCCAGUAGGAGAACUUGAACGAGAAUUAGAAUGUUUGAAAAUUCUCAAUAAAUAUAAUGUCACAUGUACAAUAAAAUACAUACACGACAACAAAUCAAACUCGGAAGAAACGAAAUUACUUUUGCAACAAAUGUCGAAUAGUUUGAACGAUAUUUCACCACCACCAAAUCAAGAAGCUUGGGCUGAAGUAUUGAAUGAUAUGUGUGAACUUCAAGAAUUUAUUUUGAAUUGCUUAACUGUAGAAGAUUGCUUCGAAAUUUGUGUAAUGUCCAGGCUAGCAUCAGGUAUAAAAAUAAACAUACAAAAUUGUACAACUCUAAUAGAAACAAAGAAAACAGAAAACUCUUUAGUAAAAGUAUCUUACGAUAAAGCUGUAAAAUUAAUUGUUGCAGCUAGUAGAGACUAUUUCAAUAAUUCGAAAAGUCACAAUGAUUCAAGUAUGGAACUGGCAAAAUCUUGUCUUCAUCUUAUUGAAGAUGAUAAUCCCUUAAUUGAGGAAGAAAAUAAUUUAAUUAAUUCUCUACAGAUUUUAAAUGAAUUUAAUAUUUCUAUAUUACCCCUUCAAGUAAGAUUAUGCCAAGAUAGACUUAAAUUAAUUGAGAGCUGUCUGAAAAAUAAAAAAGGUGCUUAUAAAAGACAACAAAGAUUAUUAACAUUAGCUUCUUAUUUAAAUAUUGAAGGAAACAAUGUACGAAAUCGUGAAGGUAAAGUUUUAGAUUUAGUUGGACAAAAAGCUUUCGAAGUGAAAGAUUAUGAAUAUUGUGCAUCUAUUUGUCAAAAAAUCAUUGAUAGUAGCUAUUUCCAAGCAUGGAAAAUUAUUCAAAAGCUUGGAUUCUGUGAUGAUUACAAUGAUUUAACUUUUAAACAAAAAGCUCUUGCAUUUACACUGACUUAUGGUCCUAAUGAAUUACUUGAAAGUACCUUGAAACAACUUCAUUUACUUGAAAUUCAAGAUUUAAAUAAGAGUCUUGAAAAUUGGCUAGCCAUUUAUGAAUCGAAAAAUGCUGAGAAAAAUGAUGAUGAUAGUGAUGAUGAAUUCACUGAUGCUAUGACAACUCCACAGAGUGAAAUAAAAGAAUUUGUACCGAAAAUUUUGGAAACAUCAACUGAGUUAGUUAAGAAUUCAGCACAAUUAGUAAAACAAUCAACUUUAGAAAUUUUAAAAAAUGUAAGUAGCCACAGCUUUUGGAAGACUGCAACAAAUAUUAAUACAAAGAAUAAUCAAGAAAGUUCAAUUGAUAAUACAAAUAAUAGUGAGGUACUGAAGCGUGAUGAAGUUCAAAGUUUUCCAUUUUUCUAUAUUUCAUUGCAUAAAAAUUGUAACACAAGUCGCUUUGAUACAAAAUACAAUGAUUAUUCAAUGCCUGAUAUUAAUAAUAUAAAAUUAAAAAUAUGUCAAACGUUACUACGAAUCAAUGCUUUGAGUGAAACUGCUAGUUAUGGUCUUAACGUUAGCGAUAUAAAUCAUUUUCUAGUUCAAUUAGCAACUUAUAUAUUUUCUGAUGAUUGGCUCUUGGGUAUUAGCUAUUUAUUGAGUCUCCAACACAACUAUUUUUCUCACGCUGAAGAUGUAUUUGAAAAUUUACCUCAUACUGAAUUAUAUAUUUUAACUGCUUUAUAUUUUUAUUCUAUAAAAUUAUAUAUGAAAGUGUGUACAGGUGCCAGUAGUUUAUAUUUUUAUACGCCAAUAGAUAUAAUUCAAAAAAUGGUUUCUAAAAUUGGAGAUGAAGUUAUAAUGACUGAGGAACAUAAUGAAAUUGUAAAUAAUGAAGAAUUAAAUAAUAUUCAAAAGUAUUUGAAAGAUUGGUACAACAAAUUAAUGCAAGAAAAUCAAGUCGAAAAUAUUCCCGAAGAGUUGAAUGAUGCAAAUGAUAAAGAAGAGUUAAUUCUUCAUGAAGAAAUAUCAGAAAAUUGUGAUAAAAAUCCUAUUAGUAAUUUAGAUGAAACUGAAGCAUCUAAUUUAUAUGCUAAUGAUGCUUUUAAAAUGAAAACUGAAGAAUUUUCUCAAGAAGAAGAAGGAUGGGAUGAUAAUUGGAGUAAUUUUUCUGAUUCUAAUGACGAGAAAAUUGAGAAUAAUGAAAAGAAAAAUUCUGUACCAUCAUGUGUAUCUUUAAAAGAGAGUUGUUCAUCAAUUAAUGUAGAUAGUAUUGAUCGAAAUGUUGAAGAUGGUAACACAAAAGAAAGUAAUAUAAUUUCCACAAAUGAAUCAAUCAAAACUGAUAGUUCUGAAACUGCUGACGACUCAACAGAAGAAAAAAGAUUUGCAAUAUUCAACCAUUCAUUUUCUAAAAUGGUAACUAAAGAUGAUUAUUCCAGAAUCAAGGAAAUUUUAAAAUCGUGGCCUAAAUUUACAAACCCUGAAUUCAUAAAUGACAAUCAUCCUAUUUUUUGCAUGGUGAAAUCGGUGAAUCGAUUCAUUCCACGAAACACUAAUUCGAAAAAUGAAAUAGCAAUAUUACAAGAGUAUAAAGAACUUCUAAUGGAUCAAAAAUUUGAUUCAGAAGCUUACAGUAAAUUUAUUACAGAAUUUGAAACAGAAUGUUCAUUUGAAGAUUCAAUUUUCCUUCGAUUAUGUGUAGAUGAUUCAAAGUUGCAUGAAGAGGCGAUUAAAUUAAUCAAAUCUCGUGAGAAUAUUGAACUCUCUUUACCAACACUUGAAGAAUUAUUUUUCCGCAAUUUAAUUAUAUAUUUUCCACCUCAUCAUCCUAUUUACAAUAAAACAUUAGAAGAAAUGUUUUUAAACCAUACUUUAGACGAAAUUAAGGGGAAUAUUAAAAUUUUGAUUGAUAAAUUGAUUGAAGAAAAACAUAUACCAUAUGCAAUGGGACUUUGGAAUCAAUUGAAGACUAUACCACUAGCUUUAUCAACGUUUGAGAAUUGUUAUCAAUUAUUUUUAAGUAAAUAAUUUAAUUUUUAUACUUGAAAAGUAAUUCAUGAGCUUUUGAUUAUUUUAUAUUUAUUAACUAAUCAACGUAAUAAUAAUUGUA